CGCAUUGUUCUGAUAUCUGGCUUCGAGUCCUUUAAUGUGGACCUGUACAAGAAGGCAAGGCUCACUUCCCUUGUAGCUAGGGAGUGCCCGGGGGUGCGCGUGAAGGUCUUCAGCGACAGGGACAUACAGACAAAGCAGCCGGAGAUAGAAGAGGCCCUCAGGGGAGCAGAUGUCUUCUUCGGCAGCCUGCUAUUUGACUAUGACCAGGUGGAGUGGCUGCGAGAGCGCGUCCAGCAGAUUCCCAUCCGGCUGGUCUUUGAGUCUGCGCUGGAGCUCAUGGGCACCACACAGCUGGGUGGCUUCAAGAUGGAUCCGUCAGGGAAGUCAAAGGGGCCGCCGCCAGCAGUGAAGAAGGUGCUGAGCCUGUUUGGCAGCGGACGCGAGGAAGAUCGCAUGGUCGGCUACCUGUCGUUCUUGAAGAUCGGGCCUAAGCUGCUCAAAUUCCUCCCAGGGCAGAAGGUGCGGGACCUGCGCAACUGGCUGACCAUUUACAGCUACUGGAACCAGGGCGGCCAGGACAACGUGGCCACCAUGCUGCUGUAUCUCGUGGACCAAUAUCUGGGCCGCACCGGCAUCGCCCCUGCGCCUGUCCAGGAAACACCGCCCACAGGCUGCCUGCACCCGGACUACGACGGCUAUUUCAGCACUCCAGCCGAAUACCUGGCCUGGUAUGCCAAGCAUGGCGCGCUGAGGGACAGGGCCGAGGCGCCCACGGUGGCAGUGCUGCUGUACAGGAAGCAUGUGAUCACUGGGCAGGGUUACAUCGCGCAGCUGGUGCGCUGCUUCGAGGCGGACGGCGUUCGGCCGGUGCCCAUCUUCAUCAAUGGUAUCGAGGCGCACACCGUGGUGCGCGACCUCCUCACGACAGACCAUGAGCAGCAGCUGAAGGCGCAGGGGAAGCCAGGUCCAGCCAGCAGCCUGAAGAAGGAUGCUGUGAGAGUGGACGCCAUCGUCAGCACGAUUGGCUUCCCUCUUGUGGGCGGACCUGCAGGCACCAUGGAGGGUGGGCGGCAGGCAGAUGUUGCAAAGUCCAUACUCACCGCCAAGAACGUCCCAUAUGUGGUGGCUGCACCCCUCCUGAUACAGGACCUGGCGUCGUGGACAAGGGACGGCGUGGCUGGGCUGCAGAGCGUGGUGCUGUACUCCCUGCCGGAGCUGGACGGCGCUGUGGACACAGUGCCUCUGGGUGGCCUGGUGGGCGACAACAUAUUCCUGGUGCCCGAGCGCGUCAAGCGCCUGUCCGCGCGCCUGCGCAAGUGGGUGCACCUGCGCCGCACACCCCCUCAGGAGCGCAAGGUGGCGCUGCUUCUGUAUGGCUUCCCGCCGGGAGUGGGCGCCACCGGAACCGCGGCGCUGCUGAACGUGCCCAAGUCCCUGGAGCGCAUGCUGGAGCAGCUGCAGGAGCAGGGGUAUGAUCUGGGGGAGGCGAUCGGGGGUGGCGCUAAAAUAGACGGGGAGGCGAUCGUCGACGCUCUGCGCCUGCAGGAGGACCAGCGCUCCAUCUCCAAAGGCGCCGCCGGCAUCGAGGGAGGCUUCCUGCCCCAGCAUGACCUGCUGGUGGCCAACAUGGAGCGCCAGUGGGGCGACCUCGACAGAUACCGCGGCCUCGGGACCUCCGCCAAAGGGGAGUUCGUGGUGGGCGGCGUGCAGCUGGGCAAGGUGUGGAUUGGGGUGCAGCCGGCGCUUGGGGUGGAGGGCGAUCCCAUGCGCUUGCUCUUUGAGCGCGACCUCACGCCGCACCCGCAGUACGCGGCCUUCUACAAGUGGCUGCAGCACGACUACGCGGCCGACGCCGUGCUGCACUUCGGCAUGCAUGGCACCGUCGAGUGGCUGCCCGGUGCUCCCCUCGGCAACUCGGGGUUCUCUUGGAGCGAUGUGCUACUGGGAAACCUGCCCAACGUGUAUGUGUAUGCCGCAAACAACCCCUCAGAGUCAAUCAUUGCAAAACGGCGCGGCUACGGCACCAUUGUCUCCCACAACGUCCCGCCAUAUGGCAGGGCUGGGCUGUACAAGCAGCUGGCAGAGCUCAAGGCGCUGGUGGCUGAGUACCGAGAGGACCCUGCCAAGAACUCUGCCCUUAAGGUGCCAAUAGUGGAAAACCUGAUGUCCAGCGGCCUGCAAGAGGACUGCCCUUUCAUAGCAGCAAGCAGCACAGCCGACGGCAAAGCGGAGUAUCUCAAUGCCGAGUCAGUGGACGGCAUAGACACAGAAGCCUUUGCCGAGUAUGCUGGCCGCAUCAACCAAUACCUCCAGGUGGUGGAGGGGCGGCUGUUCUCGGAGGGGCUGCAUGUGCUGGGCCAGCCGCCGGGCCCCGACCAGAUGCGUCAGUACCUAUCCGCCUACUUUGGCGAGGGCCUCUCGGAGGCCGCUCGGCUGGAGGAGGGUGUGCGCAUCGCGGGUCUGCUGGCGCGCAACACCGAGGAGAUGACCGGCGUUCUGCGUGCGCUGAAUGGGGAAUAUAUCCUGCCGGAGGCCGGCGGAGACCUGCUGCGCGACGGCGCAGGCGUCCUUCCCACCGGGCGGAACAUCCAUGCGCUGGACCCCUAUCGCAUGCCUUCUCAAGCGGCGCUGGAGCGCGGCAGUGCAGUCGCCAGGGACAUCCUGGAGGCGCAUCGUGAGGCCAACAAUGGCACCUGGCCUGAAACUGUGGCGGUGAACCUGUGGGGCCUGGACGCGAUCAAGACAAAGGGCGAGAGCGUGGCUGUGGCGCUGCAUAUGGUGGGCGCUCGGCCGGUGCGCGAGGGGACAGGCCGCAUUGCGAGGUUUGAGCUGGUGCCUCUGGCGGAGAUGGGCGGGCGGCCGCGCGUGGAUGUGCUGUGCAACAUGAGCGGCAUCUUCCGAGACUCCUUCCAGAAUGUGGUUGAGCUGCUGGAUGACCUUUUCCAGCGCGCGGCCGCCGCCGAUGAACCGCCUGAGCAGAACUUUAUCCGGAAGCACGUCCUGAGCAUGGGGGACACGGGGCUGACAAAUCCAGCGGCGCGGCUGUUCAGCAACCCCGCGGGUGACUACGGCAGCAUGGUGAAUGAGCGGGUGGGCGCUGGCAACUGGGAGUCAGGCCAGGAGCUGGGAGACACCUGGGCCUCCCGCAAUGCCUUCUCAUACGGCAGGGGGAAUGAGAGGGGCACCGCGCGGCCGGAGGUGCUGCAGUCACUACUCAAGACCACGGACAGGGUGGUGCAGGAGAUUGACUCCGUGGAGUACGGCCUCACCGAUAUCCAGGCAUGCCCGGAGUACUAUGCCAACACAGGUGCGCUGAAGCGGGCUGCUGAGUCAGCGAGGGGCGGCCAGAAGGUGGGCUGCUCCAUCGUGGAAACCUUCUCCAAGAGCACCAAGCCGCGCGAGCUGGAGGAGGUCCUGCGACUGGAGUACCGCAGCAAACUGCUCAACCCCAAGUGGGCCGAGGCAAUGGCGAAUCAGGGGUCGGGGGGAGCCUUUGAGAUAUCGCAGCGCAUGACAGCCAUGGUGGGCUGGGGGGCCACUGCCAACUUCACAGAGGACUGGACGUGGGACCAGGCUGCUGAAACUUAUGCCCUGGACCCCACCAUGGCCGAGAAGUUGCGCAAGAACAACCCCCAGGCGUUUGCAAAUGUUGUGAGGCGCAUGAUGGAGGCAUCUGGGCGAGGCAUGUGGAAUGCUAGCGAGGAGACACUGAACCAGCUGCGCUCCAUCCUGAAUGACAUUGAGGACGAGUUGGAGGGUGUGAAUUGA